AUGUCUGACGGAGCCUUGAAGCCCGAGAAGGACUUCUCGAAAGAGGUCGACCAGCAGCUUCCAGAAGCCGAGAAGCUUGCCACGAGCAAUCUCCAGGGAGCCGUUGAGAAGCUUGCUGCUCUCGAAAAGCAGACUCGUCAAGCCUCCGAUCUAGCAUCGACCUCACGAAUCCUCAUCGCAAUCGUUACACUAUGCAAGAAUGCGGGAGACUGGAGCUUGCUGAGCGAGCAGACUUUGCUCUUCUCCAAGAAGCACAGCCAGCUGAAGCAGGCCAUCACCAAGAUGGUACAGACCGUUAUGGGCUUCCUCGACGACACACCGGAUCUCAAGACCAAGCUAUCGGUUAUUGAAACUUUAAGAACUGUCACUGAGGGAAAGAUCUUUGUUGAAGUCGAGCGCGCCCGAGUUACCAAAAUUUUGUCCGACAUCAAGAAGCAGCAGGGAGAUGCUCAGGCUGCCACCGACAUUCUCUGUGAGCUGCAGGUGGAGACCUUCGGUUCGAUGUCCAGAAGAGAGAAGACGGAAUUCAUCCUCGCUCAGGUUGCUCUGUGCAUCGAAGUCGGAGACUGGACCCAAGCCGGUAUUCUUGGACGCAAGAUUAGCACCCGGUACCUCUCUCGAAAGCCUAAGAAGACCGCCGAGCAGCUAGAGAAGGAACAGAAGGAAAGAGAAAAGAAGAAGGCUCGAGGUGAAGAGGUUGCAGAGGAGCAGGAAGAUGACACAACCGACCUCAAGCUUCGCUAUUACGAACAACAGAUCCAGCUUGCAAAGCAUGACAAGAAGUACCUAGAUGUUUGCAAGCACUACCGACAGGUGUUGGAUACGGAAGCUGUUGAGGAAGACCCCGCAAAGCUUCACCCUGUCCUCCAAAGAAUAAUUUACUUUGCCAUUCUGGCCCCUCAUGAUAACGAGCAACACGAUCUCCUGCAUCGAAUUCACAAAGACACUCGAAAUGCAAGCAUUUCUCUUGAUGCAGAGCUUCUGAAGUUGUUCACAGUCCACGAAUUGAUGCGGUGGCCCGAGGUUUCGAAGGAGUUUGGCCCUCACCUUUGCUCCACUGAUGUCUUCGAGGCACGAGCAGGAAACGACGAGGAGGCACACCAGAGGUGGGAGGACCUCCGCAAGCGGGUUAUUGAGCACAAUGUGCGUGUUGUAGCCAAGUACUACACAAGGAUUCAGAUGAAGCGUUUGACACAACUGCUUGAUCUGACAGAAGAUGAGACGGAGAAGUACAUCAGCGAACUGGUGACAUCCAAGACAGUCUACGCCAAGAUUGAUCGGCCAGCCCAGAUUGUCAGCUUCGCCAAGCCACAAGACGCUGAUGAUAUUCUGAACGAAUGGAGUCACAACAUGAAGAGUUUGUUGGGAUUACUGGAGCGAAUUGACCACCUCAUCACCAAGGAGGAGAUGAUGGCACGAAUCCAACCAGCAGGUUCAAAAUAA